GAGCACCACUAGCACCAACGAGAAAAAUACUUGGUGCAGCAGAAUCUGAAAAAAGAAAAGCAGGAACCAUUGAGAUAUCAGAAAUAGAUAAUGAACUUGCUGAUUAUGAAAGAAGAAAAAAGAUUCAACAUCCUCUUGAUGACGACUGCAAUUAUCAUGUGUGUAUUUCACACAACUACAUUCUUGCUAUUUCACUUGGUCCUAUUAUAAAUUCUCUCGGUGCUGGUAGUGACUCUGAUAAUUAUUUAGAGUUUGGUGCUAUUGCUUCCGAUACAUAUUUUGUAUCUGGUUCUGCCCCGACUGGUUCUGCUUUGUCUAGUUCUGCUUCCAAUACAUAUUUUGAGUCUAGGUCUGGAUCUGGUGCUGACACUAAUGCUGCCCCCAAUACUAAUCAAUAUGCUGCUCUCGAUGCUAAUCAUUAUUUUGCUCCUGAUACUAACUACUAUGCUGCUCCCAAUGCUAAUCUUUUUAUAUGA